CUGCACAAUGGUCAUGGUCAGCUCCACCCUCCUCCUUCUCCUCCCUCUCGCCGUUACAGCAGCGAAUCCUAAGCGAGGCAUUGCUUACCCUCAAGAAGUCAAGGCACCGCUCAACAAGAUACCUGCUACAAGCCAGAUUUCUUGGGAGUAUAACUGGGGUAAGCCAGCUCCUGCUGGUCUACCUGCCGGUAUUCAGCAUGUUCCCAUGCAAUGGGACGAAAGGGAUAUUGCCAACCUUCCGAGCCAGAUAGGUAGUGCUCGAGUUUUACUUGGAUUCAAUGAGCCCGAGCGUGGAGACCAAGCUGCCAUCUCUCCCGGAGAUGCUGCCAACUUGUGGAAGACGCAGAUUAUGAAGGUCCCCGCAAGCGUCAGACUUGGAGGGCCCGCUGUUUCUGCUGGACCCACUGGUCAACAAUGGUUGAGGGACUUUUUCGCCGCCUGCAACGGUGGAUGCCGUGUUGAUUUCCUUCCCAUUCAUUGGUACGGAGAGGGCGCCGCCAACUUUAACAAAUACGUAUCAGACAUGCAUACCAUGUUCAACAAGCCUAUUUGGGUCACCGAGUUUGCACCUACCGGUGGUGACGCUGUCGCUUUCAUGAGAGACACUCUCAAAUUCCUCGACAGCACUUCCUAUGUUGAACGAUAUGCCUGGUUCGCUUAUGCUCCAACUCCCGUACGAGGUUUGAACACUGGCUUGUUGGAUGGCAAUAACAACAUCAACAACUUGGGUAACAUCUACAUCAAAGGCGCUUAAUUGUGUACAAAAGUGCAAUCCUCUGGAUGCACACACACAUUCAUUUAUUGAUAUCAUUAAUAUUCCGAUUGCAGUACUUUGAUUCGUAAUUAUUGGC